AUGGGUCUCCUUGCAGCUUUGACAACGUUCUUCUUACUGCUUGGCUACACUUCAGCUGAUCUACCUCCCGAUUUUCCAGGCGACGAGGCACCUUACCAUGUGAUCCCAACUGGUACUGUGGAACCUGAUAAUUUUUUUGGAACGUACCUCUACGGAUAUCUUGAAUGCAAUAAGAACUUUGGCGCAGGAGCUAAGGGGAAAAUUGACGACGCCUAUUAUGAUGCAUGGCUGAUGUCCAAGUAA